AACCGCAAGGUAGUCUUUAUAUCCAUUCGCUGUAUAGCUGUUCGGAUCGUUCCUCGGUGUAUAAUUUUAGAAAGUAUUACUAAAAGUGCCAAAAAAUAAUUUUGGUGUGAAAAAUGUUUGCUAUAGUUUGUGCUUUUGUGCUUAUAGCAGCAAACUACGCUGCCGCAGAAAUACCAUCUUAUAUUCACGUGUGCGGACGCAGAAACCCAAAUCUUGAUCAGUGCAUCCUUGAAAAUAUCGACAACAUAAAAUACAAGAUCUGCGAUGGAAUUCCAGAAUUGGACGUGCCGCCGAGCAAUCCAUUUGUUCUUGAUACACUAGCCAUUAUCGAGACACAUAAUUCCAAAAUAUAUAUGAAAAAUACGCAAAUGACGGGACUUUGCAAUUUUGACGUACAACACCUUCAUCUUGAAUUUGACAAACUUCAUUUCGAUGUUGAUCUCAAAUUCAGACGGCUCCAAUUGAAUUCCACAUACGAUUUCGACAUACGUUUACUGGUGCCUAUUGUUUACAAGGGACCGGUUUAUAUUACUACAGAUAAUGUAGAAGCAAAAGUAAACAUGGAUAUGAAAGUAGUAACCAAAGGUGGCAAAAGAUACGUGUACCUGUCAAAGAUGAAGAUAAAUCUCGACAUCAAAGGAUAUACGGCUGAAUAUGGAUUGGGAAAUAUGGAAUCGAGCCGUUUGAACGAAAUUAUUAGUAAUUUUAUAGGCAAUAAUCAAGAGGAGGUUAUUAGUGCCUUUAGACCGGCAAUAGAAGAAGCAGUUGUCAAACGAAUUCUUUCGCUUUCUAACAAUAUAGUUAAACACUUUACGUUUGAAGAGCUUUUCCCAGAUCGCGUAUGAAUCUUUUAAAUUUUUUUAUUGAAACAUAAUCAAUACGUUUACCUUGAAUUAAAGCUUCUCAAAGCGAAUUAUGCUCUAAUUCGAAACAUAGUUUACAACAUUCUGAAUUUAUAUUUUAAAUGCUCUGUAUAUUAUUUUGUACAUGCCUUGUACAGCACAAAAAAUAGUUUAAAAACG